UGCGCGGAGCGUGUGACUGUCUCGUGGACGAGUGAGUCUCGAGUGCGUGCCACCGGCGUCGUCGGCGUUGAGAAAAAAACGGGCAUCGUCGCGAGCACGGCGCCAGCCGGGGAAAGUGGCGACGCGCGAAUGUAGUAUAUAUAUAUAUAUAUAUCGCGUUAUAUAUCGAAACGGCGACGUGUGUUUGGUAAAACGCGCGUUAUUUGUCCCCCUCCCUCCGCCCCCGGUGGAGUGCGCGGUCGGGCGAACGAACGAGCGGACGGACGAAGCAACGGCCGGGCCGAGAAAGAGCGACAGGGAGGGAAGAUAACAACCACAGAGAGAAGAGCAACCGUCCCGGUCUCGGUCUUCUCGCAGCCCCGCGACGACGACGGCCGUGUCGGGGACGUGAAAUUCGCUCGACGGGACCCUCGCCGCGGACCAACGAGAUAUGUCAGUGUUUGGUGGUGACGAUCGGAUUUUGCUCGAGGAAAUCGUCGAGGUGACUGAGCAGCCGGAGGCUGAACUGUGCGGUAGCGUUGAGACGGUUGACGACGGCUCGGUGACCACCGGUGUGACGGUCGCCGCGGUCGUAGACACUUCGGAGCAAUCGCAGCAGCAAUCCAAGGGUAGCGUUAGUGCCAGCCGGAGGGUUGCUAGUCAGAACGUUGCGCUGAGCAACGGCAACGGUAUCAACAACAACAACAUCGGCCGUCUCACGCCGCGCAGCCACAUGGAGCAGGAGAAGCGAAUGCGGCGAGAAAUCGCCAACAGCAACGAGCGACGUCGUAUGCAGAGCAUCAACGCUGGAUUCCAGUCCCUGAGGUCAUUGCUGCCACAUCACGAGGGCGAGAAAUUGUCUAAGGCCGCGAUACUUCAGCAGACCGCCGAGUACAUUUACCAGCUGGAGCAGGAGAAGACGCAACUGCUGUCGCAGAAUUGCCAGCUGAAGCGGCUGGUGAAUCAGCACGAGGGCGGCGACCUACCGAAGAAACGCAAGUCCGACACUCAAGGUGUCGUCGUUAAUCUACCUAUGCACGUCAGUGAGAGCGGCGACGAGGGCUUAGGCAGCAUGUCCCCUGAGCCGUUGUCGGUAAUCACAGUGACCACUGAGGGACAUUCCGUCGUAAACAGCGAGGUGUCGGAGCUCAGACGACAGCUGGACAGGGAGCGUCACGCGAGACUGCUUUUAGAAAAACAGAUGAGAGAGAUCCAGAGCCAGUUGUAUCCAGAGAGAUACAACCGGGAUACCAAUCAACUGAUGACUUAUCAAACCCACGAGCAGGUGAUCGACCACACGGACAACGUGAUGGCGCAGGAGACGGAGGAAGCGGUGGCGUCGCUCCAGGUGGUGUCGGUCAUGUCUCUGCCGCCGGUGGGCUCCACUCAAACCGUAGAGACCUCCAGCCCGGACCCGAGCUUACCGCCUUUGUCGCCGCAACAGCCGGCCGAUCUGGUCGCCGACGAAGAGAUCAAGGAGGAGGAGGAAUCGCGCCCAGGCAGCCCGAAGAUCGUCACCUUCGCCGCUCAGAACUCCGGAGUGUUCACGGCGGCGGCGAUGGAAGAGCAGACCACCGCUGAUUCCUUCUCGUCGUCAAGUCGCGUCACGUACGCGUCGUCCAGCGCGGAUUUCAAGAACGCCUCGCCCCAGUACAUCACCGCGAGCCCCAGCAGGUCCUUCUCGCCGACCGUUGGUUUGGCGGAGCCUCAACGGUUACCCAGCGUCUUGGAGGCCGCCAUGAAGGCUGAACCCAAAGUCGAAGUGGAGAGGUUGCCAUCUCCGUCGAACUCCCUCGAGGACGGUACGCCUCAGGCGAGGCUGUACAUCGCCAACACAUCCCGGCAGAACCUGGAGACGAUCGUCGAGGCGAUACGUCACCUGGAGGGCGACCAUCUGUUCAGCGACGAGCCCGCUCAAGACGUGCCGUUGGCGUUGACCACCGGCAACAAGCAGACGGCGUCGAAGUCGUCAGCCAAGGCAGCGACAUCGUCCUCCGUCGCCUCCUCCUCCUCCUCCUCCCCCUCGUCCUCCUCCACCUCGUCGUCGGCGACGUCCGCGACGGCGUCUGCGAAGCAGCGACUACUGCAUGCCGAGGUGAACAACUUUCUGCAGUUUCACACGCAGCAGCAGACCCAGCAGCGACCGGGCGUAAUCGUGGUGAAGCACUCGUGAUCGAGCAACGCGCCGCGGCCCGCGCACUGAACGGCAUGCAGCACGGAACGACGCGACUCGAUGACGUCGUCGUCACUAUCAUCCUCGUCGCCGGUAUCACUGUCAUCGUCGUCGUUGUCAUCGGCAUCGUCGUCAUCGUUAUCGCGACGGUUCAUUCGGAAAUCCUGAGGAAUCCCUCUCACUCGCUCCUUCGCUCGCUCGCUCGCUCCUCGAUCCGAGAAGUGGAGAGAGAGAGAGAGAGAGAGAGAGAGAGAGAGAGAGAGAGAGAGAGAAAACGCGAGGGAUGACGAUCGUCGCGAGUUCUCCUCCGCGCCGAGGACGGCUGGAGAACGGAGAAGCGUUCUCUUUCUCCGUCGGUCUUCCUCGAUGAUCGGCUCGAAGGGCAACCUUCUUCAUCCGGCGCGCCGAGUUUCGUGUAUCGCGAACGUUACGAAAUGGGUUCUUGCUUAUGUUUCUUUUUUCUUCUUUCUCCUUUCUUUUUUUUUUUUUUAUAUGUAUACGUUCCUACUUCGCGCUUCGUCUCUCGACGGAGGAGGGACACCGUGUCGCGUUCCUCGCGAAGCGAUGACAGAGCGGUUCGGUUGAUCGAGCGGCCGCUCGUCGACGACCGAACCGAGGACAAUGCCCCACGUCAUUGACCGGAAUUGUGCUCGGGACGAAGCGAUAUUCAAUGAUCGUGGAUAUACAAGUUUAUUCUAGGCGGAGGCACAAGAGCCGCAAGUCGAAACUCGAUGGUGAGAAAGAAUCCUCGAACCCGUCGUCGAGAGAAACGUCGUUCUCUCCCCCACAUGCUCGCUCUCAUGUAAAUACCGAACACACACACACACACAUACACACACACACACAUAUAUACACACACACACACACACGAUUCCUCCUCCUGGCCGACACGGUCUCCGACGGUCGCCACGAGAUCGCUUUGAAUCUCGAAGGUUUUCUUCCCUUGACCUCCCCCGAUGAGAAUCACCCUUCUUCGCGAGGCAAAAAGGAGAGAGGGAGAGAGAUAGAUAGAUAGAUAGAUAGAUAGAUAGAUAGAUAGAUAGAGAGAGAGAGAGAGAGAGAGAGAGAGAGAGAGAGAGAGAGAGAGAGAGAGAGAGAGAAACUCGCGAAGCGGGUUGUUUCUUUUCCCGUUAAUAGAUAAGACCUUUAUAGACUUAAGCGAAUAACUACUACGAUAAUAUUCCUAGCGUGAUAAGGCUGCGUACGCUCUGUAUGAUAUACAAUAUAGAUUAUACAUACAUACAUAUGUGUGUGUGUGUGCAUGUGUGUGUGCGUGUGUGUAAAAUUACAUAAAGCGUAUAGAUACAUAUUUGCGUUCUUUUUUUACAUUGUUACGGAAACGAAGAAAAACACAAUACGAUUACGCGAGAGAUAUUUAAGAUAUUAUAACGGCGCGAUUUAUGUUCUUUCGAUACUUACGGGGUUACCACUGGACAAAGCGUAAGCGAUUAUACGAAGAGAGCGGACUAUAUAUAUCUCGAACAACAGAAAAACAGCAGCCAUCAACAACAAUGAUAACAAUUCAAUCAAAAUACAUAUACCUACGCGCGCGAUGCUUAAUAUUUGACGUACAUUAAGAUAACACCGCCGGGUUGGUGGACCGCUAAGAUCGAUGACGACGACUAUGAAAACGACGUCCGAGAUUUUCCCGAUACGUCGCCCCUCGCACAUGUUCGCAUGAGAGAGAGAGAGAGAGAGUGAGUGAGUGAGUGAGUGAGAGAAACUCCCUUCUUCUGUGUUCUCGUCGUAUCGGCCGAGCGAGUGCGAAGAGAUGCGUCGCGAAUUGAAGUUGAAGAGCUGAAAACAAGAAUUCCGUUUAAUCUGUGCCAAAUAUAUCCCAGAAUACCGAAACUUUUGUUCCUUCGUAGAGACGUAGUGCGUAAAAACGAGGACGAUGCCGGUACAUCCGGUAAACUUGAAGUGCCCGAGGAAGAGAAAAAUAAAUAGGCACAAAGAGGAAGAAGAAGCGUUCUACGAUCGCUUGUCUCCUCCAUACUCUACUCGUCAAUGCGCGAUGGCGAUCGAGCCUCUUCGGUACGACGGAGGUUUUCCGAUCGUCAUUCCUGUCGUCAGUCGCUGAUCCACCGAUCUUCCUCGGAUCGAAUGCGAAAUCGCGAGGACUUGGAAAAGAGUGAAUGAAAGAGAGAGAAAGAGCGGGGACGGCCGGCGGCGACGACCUUCCCGUGUGAGAGCUUUUCAAGAUCACUCUUUUAUCCUAUACGAUAUAAACUGCCGUAUACACACAUACACACACACCUACGUACAUACAUAUUAUACGAAUUUUUUUCUACGCGACAUGUGCGGAUUUCUUAGCUUUGCGAAUAUGUGAGGCGAACAAGAGGCUUUGGAAACAAUUUCUCGUGCCUUUCAAAGAGAGGAGCGAUCGAGUCCGCGGCGAGUCGAAUGAUUGAUCGACCGUGGCGCGAGAGGGGGAAAACCGAUAAAUGUCUGUUAUUUUUUGUUUUCUCUCUAUUUUACAUCUUUCUUUUUUUCUUUGUAAUUCCUUCGGCUACGCGUCUUCGAUGUGCGUUUUCUGUUACUUCGUCGAUUGUACAAGCGCGUUAUCGCCCGCGAGUAUAUGUGUAUAUAUAUAUAUAUA